CGCGCAGCUCGUGUUUAGUGUGAUGAGUUCUUUCAGGCACUCCUCAUGAAGCCCCGAGCUCUGCUGUUUUGGCUGCCAAUCAGUUUGGCUCCGGUGGUGUACUGCUAUGGUUUCGAUGGCUAUACUGCGUGUUCCAAGCCUUUCAGGACCUCGAAAAGUCGAGCUGACGUCCCUUGUGAUUUCAAAAAUCAAAAUUGGUGCACUGUCCCAGGAUCCGCAUAUCCAUGGCACGCGGUGCGGCGGUUCGUGUUCGAGAACCAUGGGCUGAUGAAGCGGAUGUACGGGGACGAGCGUCACAUCUCGGUGCUGCGGGCGGAGAUCGAAUCGAAUGACGUGGCCGACUACCAGAACGACCAGCACGCCUGGGCCAGCUACCACAGCCCCAACCACCCCCAUAACCACAACCACAACCACCAGCACCAACACGAGUCCACGCUCAAGCGCUACGAGAAACCGCAGCCGGCCACCAGCACCACCCCGACCACCUCAACCACCCCCACCAUGAACCGGAGUCCCACACCCNACCCACCCCCGCCACCGCCACUAGUCCCCAACCCCAGCCCCCGCUCUCUGCCGGCCCCACUGUCACCCCCAAACCAAACGCCACCUCCCCUAAAACCACCGAAGCAACGCAUAAACUAUGAGUUGAAGGCGCUCUGUUUUUAUGGAUCCUCGCAGAGCAGUUCGCAGCGUCGCCAUGCUACGGGCGAGGCAAGUUCGAGCUGGACGAGCUCGGCGAGCAGCUGGGGUCUGGUGAACGCGACGCUAGCGAACUUGACGAUGGCCGAGACGACGUACGUGACGGACACGGAUGACCCGACGACGCAGACGCCGCCGGAGACGACGACAACGGCCGCAGGGACAGGGACGGGGCCAGGGCCCGGCCCGGGGACCGGCGGCGGGGACAACGAGACUUCCACCCUCCGCGCGGCGGCCGCCGCCGCGAACCCGGGCGUCGACGCCGACCCGGACGCCGAAGCCAACCCCAGCGCCGAGGACACCGAGGCCAAGCCGCAGAUCUUCCAGGAGACUACCGAGGAGUCGCCCAUGUACAAGCUCAGAGGCAUAAACGCUUGUCCAGUAAAAGAAGAAGUAGUAGCACCAUUUUGGGCAAACAACACUAGAGGCGAAGUACUGGCACUACUAAAUUUAUAUCCAUUUGAGCAGUAUGUCCAUUGGGAACGAUGCACAUAUGAAAACAAACAGAUGUUCUGUAGGCAAGGUUGUCGUUGUGAGCAACAAUAUCGGCUCCACAGGCUGCUAGCCUACGAUCCCAAUAAUGACUGUCGUGGGAUUUUCUCGGACUGGUUCAAGUUCCCCUCAUGCUGUGUCUGCCGUUGCUAUGAUCUCCCAAGUGAAUUGCGAAUCACAUCUCGAAGUCCUCGUGAGAGGAAGCCCAAGAUACCCUUCCCAGAGUGGUUUCGCACAAACUAAAAAGUUGAGCUAACUGGAUCCAGUAGACGGUAUGCAUUUUGUGCUCUCAAUUGGCUAUCUGGAAGACUAGGGAACAGGGCAUGGUUACUGUUAUCUUCUUUCCAAUUAGGAGGUAUACAUCCAGGAUACCUCAGCACUGAGUUUCAGAACUGGCCAUGGUACUUAUUAUUGAACUUUUGAAGAGAGAAUGUUUUAUAAAGAAGUGAGGAUUACUCAGAUUAGUGCUCCAAAGAGGGAAAGAGAGAGAUAAAAAUAAAAAGAGGUUAAGCUUCUUUUGUUCAGAUAAUUUCCCUUCAUUAAAAUUACUUCAGUUCAAACAGUCAGAAAAACAAAUAUAAUGAUCUCAAAUAUUAAGGUUGGAACAAUGAAAAGACUCGAUAAAAAUAUGAGUCUUAAAUAAUGGAAAGAAAUCUGAAUUCAUUGAAAUGGAAAUAACACAGCUCAGAGGAAGAUAAAACCUAAAAAUGAAGAAAUGAUGAUUUUCUCUGAGCAGUAUUUUAUAUCUAAGUAAAUAAGAAAGAGCAGGUUUUGCCUAUUUAGAGACUACAGGAAUGUCAUUAAAUUAAUGCAAUUUGUUCUAAAUUUGAUUUAUCAAAAUUGAGAUUUAUUAUGCUCAAGAGAAAAAGACGCUUUCAAUAAAUUGUAAAUCAUGAUUGUCACAGAUCAAGAACAAAGUAGGAAAAGUUAUACUACCCAGGCAAAAAAGCACCUCCCAACAGGUUCUUAAAUUGUUAAUGCGCAACUUUGAAAUGCUGAUGGAGAUUAUUUCUAAGAUGCAUUUAGAACAAUUGCAACAAAAUGAAAAUAUGAGAUUUUGUUGAAAACAAUAAAAUAUGUAUAUAGUAAC